CCCACGUAAACCCUUCAGGCUGAGAGGAGAUGUUCGGCAGUUUCUUUGUGAGGAUGGACAGUUAGUUAGCCCCGUCAGUACUCCAAUGGAAGCUCCAGUCACAGCUGCCCCUCCUCCCAACUCCUCCACUCUGCCUCCCCCGUUCCCCUUGCAGCCGGCCAUCGCCCCCUCGGUCCAGCUUGGCUUCACUAUCCUCUACACCACUCUGUACGCCGGACUGUUCCUGGUGGUGUACGUCCAGCUCUGGCUUCUCUACCUCUACAGACAUAAAAGAUGGAGCUACCAGAGUGUGUUUCUGUUCCUCUGCCUGCUCUGGGCGGCCCUCCGCACCACCCUGUUCUCCUUUUACUUCCGUAACGCUCUGGAGGCUAACCACCUACCUGUGGCAGUCUACUGGCUGCUCUACUGCUUCCCUGUCUGUCUGCAGUUCUUCACUCUCAGCCUUAUUAACCUGUAUUUUACUCAGGUGUUACUCAAAGUGAGAGAGCUUUACAGCUCAGAGGUGGACAGAGGACUCUGGCUGGCACGAUGCAUGUAUGGUGCACUGAGCGCCAUCUUCCUCUGCGUCAAUGUGGUCUGUGCGGCUCUCGAGGACAGAGGUGCUGCCGAUAGGUCAGGGGAGUGGACCUGGAAUCUGGUCCUGGUUCGAGUUCUAGUCAACGACUUGCUCUUCAUCCUGGAUGCGGUGUUACUGGCCGCCUCGCUGCUGCUCCUGACGAGACACUCGCGCUCCACCAGCCCCUACCUGAUCAGCACGGGGACCACAGUGUGCCGUACAGCCGCUCUGGGAGCAGCAGUGAUCUUGUUGUAUGCCAGUCGAGCCUGCUACAACCUCACAGUCCUCAUUCUGUCUCAGAGCCACCGGGUGGAGUCAUUCAACUUUGACUGGUACAACGUCUCUGACCAGGCUGACUUGCGUGUUGAACUGGGCGACCGGGGCUACCUGGUCUUUGGCGCCAUCCUCCUCAUAUGGGAGCUGCUCCCGACCAGUUUACUCCUCCUCAUCUUCAGAGUUCGCCGGCCUACUCAAGAGAGCAGCAGCAUGGCCAUCAACAACAGGAUCCUACCUCGUCCAUAUUUCUUUGAUGACCCUCAAGGCAGCGAUGAGGAUGCACCUGUUCCGUGGGAACGCAGUUCGCAUCCACAUGCAAGCUGGUACGGAUCAGAGACCGCGCCGCUCCUGUUUGCCAGCAAUCCUCCAGACCAGAACCACCAGCACCACACCUUCUACUCCACUCCCCAGAACUGACCCCGACUCCUCGCCGCUAUCAGGGUCGUCGUGUCCUGGAUGACAUUUAUCUCGAGGACGAGCGACACACAGCUACCACUCAGUAGCAACCCCCCCUCCUUCCCUCCCCUGCAGUGUUUUUGCACUGAAAACCUCAGGAAACCACCACUGAACAGUGAAUAUGCACCUUGUAGUUUUUGAACAGAGAAUAUAUAUUUAAAUCGUAGCUCAAAGGGAACACACUUUGGUGGGAACAACCAAACAUUGUGCUCAGUGAUCUCCUUGUGAAGGUUAAGCUGAGAUUGUGUCAGUUUGUUAGCUUGUUUUAAAUAAGUCCAUGUCCCAUUGUUGAAUUAAAAAAAACCAACUAGCUCUUACAAAGUCCUAAAAAUGGCACAUUUAGCUUUGUUAGCAUUCCUUAAUUAAAUGAACCCACGUUAUGUAAUGUAGCUCAAAAGCUCACAGCUGUUUUGUGAAGGUAACUUUUCUCUUACACUGUUUAAAGUGUAUAAGAAAUUGACUAAAAUACAAAAUAUCAACUCUUUUUUGGCAUUUUUUUAAAGACCAGUCAUUUCUUUUGACAGCUUUAAUAAAUAUUUCCACAUCCACAAGUUCUGUUUUUUUUAAAUCUCAGACUUAAACAUCUCUGCAGGUAUUCACAUCGCUCAACUGUUAUUUUUUGUUUAAUAAGUUACCUUUCAGGCCAAUGUCUGCUGUUCAUUUUGUUUCUCACAUUUUAGUUUCAUAAAUUUACAUUUUUAGUGUUGAUUUUUAUUCCCUUCCUGUGUAAUUUUAUUUUGAUUUAAGCUUAACUUAUUUGAAACCAAUUAAGAAAAAUCAAAUGUUAUUCUCCUUCAUGUCUUUACUGGAAUGAGGCUUCCUCUUAGCGAGUCACUCAACUGUGGCGUUGACUUUACCUCGUAACUAUUUACUAUGUAAACAACAAACUAAUAAAAACAUCAAAACAAG